UCCCGUAAAUUAAAAGCGGUCGGUUUUAUCGAUCCUGCCCCCGCGAGCCUGCGCCCGGUACCUAGAACCUUCCCGGAACCCUACGGCGGCGACGGGAUCCAGGAGACCCGAAGUUCCCGAAAGAUCUCCUUCUGAAAUGUGAUAAGUCCGGAAAUGCCGAGAAAAAUACCAUUCAAGACCAUCUAUGCCACGAGCGAGGAUGAAAAGUUCAGGUGUUCGGAGCUUGACACCCAAGGGCCGACGGUACGCGGUUGGCAGAGCCAGAAGGACCCGAGUUAUCCCCAGGACUUGAUUCUCAAGCUUGAAAAACCCGUGUUCCUGACCCAAGUGCAGAUUUUGGCCCAUCAGUUCAUGAUACCUGAUAGGAUUGAGCUGUGGUCGUCGUCGUCGUCGUCCGAAUCUCCUAUAUCGAGCCUCCCGUUCGACUACCUAGGAUAUGUCAUACUAGGGGAUAACCGAUCCUCAUCGCACAAAAGUAGAGAGCUCAAAUCUGUAACGAUACCGCCGUCCUCUGCCAAAUCAUCCCACAUAAAGCUCACCCUUCUAUCGAACCACGAAAACGAACUUAACGUGCAUAACCAGGUCGGGCUGGUUGCGGUACAGAUCCUCGGCGAAGACAAGGAAGAAGCGACUGAGGCGUCUAUUUUCGACGACCUGUCUUUCGACAUGUACGUUGAUAGAGACGUGGCGAGGAUCAUCCGGCAGAUGGAAUGUCGAAAGUCCGAAGCUGUCAAAGGUGAGCGGUUCAGAUACGCGGCGAGGCUCAAAUCCGCGAUGCUCACCCUAAGGACUGUCGGAGAGAAGUUGGGCCGUCUCGAAGUGGGUAAAUUCCAAGCGAUUGCGAACGAAGACUACGCCAAGGCGAACAAGAAAAAAGAACAGAUGGACAUGCUGAGGAGUGAAACCUACGCCUCCCUCUGUGUCACAGACUUGCUCGAAGAAUCCGGCGCCCUUGCGAAAAACGACGCCCCGGGUUCCGACAUCACCGAUUCGAACACAACCCUCAGCGAAGAGGUCAAAACGCCAGACGUGCCUGUUCAAGAAAGCCAAAACACGCCAGUUUCCCCGCUCCAUUACGCUCCAGUGAUAUCCAAAGGAGCGACGAUUGUCCAGCCGAUCAGGACAGGCAGCCUGAAAAAGAAGAAGCAACCGACCGCAUCCCCGUCCAGUUACGAAGCCUACGAUGAGCGUAUAAUUCCUGCUGCGCAAAGAAGCGUCACGGUGAAGGAGACAACAACCAACAUUAACCCCAAUUGCCUCAAGAUGAACGAGAGAGAAAAGAAACAGGCCUCGCUUCCCAUUUCAGUAUUUGGCAUCGCACUUGUUGAAAAGUUUUAUUCGAGGCAGUACGUGGACAAGGAGGACGGUUUGAGAGAUCUAGAAUGUAUUCUGGAAAGCCAGGAAACAACGAAUAAGAUAUUCAGAGCGGCCACUUUCCUUCUUCACCGAGCCAUCAGGGACAAAGUGCUUUCCGUCUACACAGUCGCUUCCAGUCUUGUCACUCAACUAUUCAGUAGAUACACCGGGCCAAGGGUGACUACUUCAGAAUUGGGUCGCUCGGUUGACAAACUUCUCCCUGAGCUGUUUUCCAAAUCCGGCGAUCCAACCCCCAGAGUGCACAACCUAGCCGUCCACACCAUCCUCACUAUGGCGCAUUCUCCACAACUUAGGAAGCUUAACAUCAUUCCAGUUCAUCUGACGCGUGCUCUCACGGCCUCCACACACCCCAGGCUGGCUCUCUCAAAGCUCGAAAUGGUAGAGCAGCUCAUCCUCAGCAUCGGGAUUUCGACUGACAAAGCUAGCGGGAUGACUGCCCGCACUCUUGCCGAAUUCGGCGCGUCCGGGCUCCACCAUCCGGCCGAGGCCGUGAGGAAGGUCGCUGAAAGGGUUCUCAUACUCGUUUACAGGGUCAACCCUCGCCUUGUGAGAAAGCAACUUCCUCCAGACGACGACAUCACAAGAAGGAACCUCCUGUACAGACAACUGAUGAAAGAAUUCGACAAGAUAGAUCUCGAAGUCAAAAGGAUGGACCUAAAUCGGGAAACGAGACAACACAUAAAAUCCUCAGUGAGUUCUUACGCAGCCAACAUGAGCGAGAGUCCCGAAGUCGAUCAGAACGUAGAAACUCCCAAUUCCCUUCCUGGCAAUAACAAGCACUGCAUUUUCUGCUUUCAAACCUGCGAGCAUUUGACCGAAGAGGGGCUGAACAUCCAUUACUGGAAAUACUGCCCACUCUUGACCCGGUGCACCCACUGUCAAGAGGUGGUCGAGUGCACGGGGAUCCACAACCAUCUACUAAAAGACUGCGACCUGAAAGAACUCUACAGGCCGUGCGACAAUUGUACCGAAGCGGUCGAAAAGGAAAACUUCGAGGAACACCUCGUCGAGUGCCAAGGCAUCAACAGGUGUCCGUUCUGCAAGACGCCAGUUGAAAACACAGACUUGUCCUGGAGGAACCACCUCCUAGACGGAAAAACUUGCCCCAAGCACCCUAGAGCCAAAUUCAUACUAAGAUCAGGUUCGUCGACACCAAGAGAUUCAAUCGCUGCGAAUCUGAAUUUCAGUUAAGGUCUUCUCUAAAAGAGUAAACCUCCAAAAUUUAAAAAGUUCACGAACAACUAAAAACCGUGGCUGACUGCCACACAAAAAACAACAUUCGAAUAUACUCAAAAUUAUAUUUAUUGUUAAUAAAAAGUUCAAACUGA